AGUGAAACUUCCCCGGUUCUGUUCUUCCUGACCUCGUACUCUACUCCGCAGCAGUUUCCGCUGCUGCCCUCGCUCUGGUGUUCGGAGACGGACGCGAGACAGUAACCGGAGUUUCGACGUGGGAUUUACACUACAGCAUAACAAGGUUACACAUGCACUGAACAUGGUUGAAUUCGAGGGCAUAGAAUUUGGACCAAUACCUGAGGAGCGCUACAAUGACGUCAUCAACCAUCUGAGAAAUAACUUUUUCGCCGAUGAGCCCUUGAACCAUGCCGUGUCCCUGUGUCGCCCUGGCGAGCCACACGCGGAACUAGAAGAGCACAGUCUGACAACAUUGAGGGACGGUUUGUCGCAAAUGGCUGUCCACACCGACACGGGCCAGUACAUACAUAUGGCCUUACAGGUGAUCGGGGUGGCUCUGAACGGUAUCCAGCAUCCUGGAGACAUAGCCGCAGCCCAGGCGAAGCUGGAGACUAUGGCGGACGUGAAGUUCCGGCGAAUUUUCGAUCUGCUGUACGGUGUCAACAGGAGCCUGGAUCUCUUCAAGCAACACGGUGUGGACCGGAUCUUCGAGUGCCGAAUUCUGUCGGUGGACAAGAGGUUCCGUGGCCGGGGGUUGGCACGGGAGUUACUGCAGCGCAGCGUCGUCACCGCACGCGAGUCUGGAUUCAAGGUGUUCAAGGAGGACGCGACAGGGUUCUUCUCGCAGCGAGUGGCCGAGAGUCUGGGUCUCCAGACGGUUCGUCAGAUCCGCUAUUCCGACUACAUGGCAGAGGACACGGGUGAGGUUGUGUUUAAGAUGCCUGCACCUCACGACACCCUCAAGAUCAUGGUUAAAAUUCUUCAGUGAUCGUCAUGCCGGCAUGUACCACGGUGCAGCCAGAAGCAAGAACACUUCCCUGCAUCUUGUUUCAACCUUAAGAACUACGUAGCGCACAUACCGAGCGACACCAUACUUCUCAUAAUGCUGUCCUUCACACCUGUCGUUUGCCCAUGAAAUUAUUAGUGUGGAAUAGGCGUGAAAAACGCGUAUAUCGAAAGCAGUAACGAGGUAAAAUAGAAAUAAGGAAGAACUAAGAAUCUGUGUGUCGUUACUGUGGAACGAAGUAGUUAAGCUACAUGCACACAGACGUCAAUGGCAUGUGUGUCGUAUGUUGACAUCACAUCUCUCGGAUAUGGGCAGUAUAACCCAACGUUAAAUCAUAAAAUAUUUUCUGUGCAGAAUAUGUGGACAUAUUACCUUUGUGUUUCAUGUUGUCUUAUCGUUCUAUAAAAAUGCAGCAAAUCACUAAUAGUAUCGCAAAUUCUACUGCCCAUUAUACUCGUAAGUAUAGUCAUGAGAAGUGUAUCGUUUGACAUCACGUGCUCUGUCUUUCAUUUAUCAUUUGCAUAACCCGUGUACGCAUAUUCUGAGUGUGAAGGUGAUAGUAUGAAAGAAAUAUGCAAGAUGGGAUUAAAUGGGCUAUAACUAUUCGAGUGAGUUCAAUUUAAAGAUAAUGAUCUCAGUAUCCUCCGACCAGCGUAGACACAGAGAAAGGAAGUCUAAAACACCUGAAUACAUUUAAGUAAACAUGUGUAAAUACUGAGCUUGUUGCAUAUAUAUAAUUAUUUUUUUCUUUCAGUAUGAAUUACAGAGCGUGGAAAUAAAAUACCUGUUAAUGUAUUUAUUACUACCAGCUGAAUAAUUUUACAGUUUUGCCAGGUCUCAUUUUGUUAACCGUGUGUAUGAUUAAAAUAAAAUACAUGAGUUUCAAAUAAUUCGAUUGUCUAAGAAGUAGGCAGGUGGCGUUCGCUUUACGGUAGGGACGGAAUGGUUCUCUAAGCUACCGCGUUUAGAUUGGCUCUGGGGUUCCUGACAGGUACAGAAGGGUUUUCGUUGUGAAGUCACGUAAGCGCGAAGCUCUAUAAUAUAAAGAAGUUUCAAGCGCGGACAUUUAACUCUACAUCGACUACAUGUCUUCAUGUUAUAAUGUUAGGCACGAGAACCAUAGAAGCAAUGCAGUUGUCGAGUGUUCACAAAACCUGUUUUCUUCAAUGUUUGAUAUUCACUCUCAGGGGAAGCGUGUCCUUUCAUAUAGUCCGUGAAUUCUACAUUCGCUGUGCACAUUUGUAGCAAGAGUUGAAUACCCGACCCUCUGAAACACGAAUUUCUUCUAAAUAUUAUUUAUUCAGUUCUAACUCGUACUAAACACUAUGUCUCCAUUAUAAUGAAUAUUUUGGUUAAUGAUCUUUGGGGAAAAAACUGUUGAUAAUUUUAGAAUCAUACAAAACACAUAAAUGCACUCUGUGAGCAAAAUUGCUCCCUUCCAAAGGUUGUUCGUCCCGAACAGAUUUGUAAUGUUCAAGCAGGUGCUACACAGUAUACUAAACACUGUGCUUUAAAAAGGGUCAACAAAACUUCACACAAUAUUGCACAAAGUUCAUGAGAAGGAAAAGAAAACUUCUAGUCACCCGACUAGCCAUUCCAAUUUUUCGCCUGUCGAUGUAAUAUGUGCUACGAGAGCCCACUUAUCAUAUCGGUGGAUAAGAAGUACACCCACUUCAUGGUUCUUAGCCCUGGUCGAGAUUUUCCUGUGGAUUUCUUCUAAGGACACUGUGCAUGUCGAAUGAGCGGCACUGAAACACAGCAGCAAUCCCACUGCUGAUCAGAACUCGAUAUUGUCUUGACGUUUGCAAGCUGUGAAUCGAGCACAUAUGAAGUUAUACUGAUUCACAGUCAUCUUUCGCAUUUUGCCAUUCUGCCAUUUUGAGUACUUUCAGUCACACUAUAAAAACGUGCAGUGUUGAUCUGGAAGGAUUAAUUUGUCAAUCUUCAUAUCCUGUGCAAUUUAAUUUUCCUGUUUCCCCUGUUCUCUGUUGUUUGUGUCAAUACAUAUGUAUUGCAGUCCUUCGCAUGGUUUUAGGCCCACCGUUUUCUUACAUGGAACUGAUUGAUGAUCGCCUUAUGUACGGGCGAAAAUGAAUGUCAGAAAUGUCACUACAUAAUAAUUGCAAUGUAGUAAUGCAACUAUACAAUACAUGUCCAUGUAUUUGCCUUUAUUUAUAUAAAUUCUCCGUCAAUUUAAAUGUUGAUAUAUGUGUACAUAUGUUGGUUACUAAUCAGUGUCGGAAAAUAAAAAAAAUGAUAUA